AUGGUCUCUCCGCUCCGUCGCCACGCAGCCGCCAACACGGCCAACAUUCUGAUGCCUUUGGUGAGUUUUCAGCAGACGCCGAGUUCAAAAGACCAAUUUCAGAAGGGCCGUCGCUUGAAACUGGGUCCGCACGAGUACAAACUCGGCGAGGCGAUCGCCACCGGUCCGUUCUCGUCGGUUUUUUUGGUGGAAGAGGACGGAGUGCCGUUCGCGAUGAAGGUGGAGGCACAGACCGGGUGCUACCGGCCGGUGCUCAAGCUGGACCACGCGGUGCUGUCGGCACUCGGCCAUCAGCCCGGAUUCCCGGCUCUCAAGGACUCGGGCCGCACCGACCACUUCAAGUACGUCGUGAUGCAACUCGUCGGUCCCGACCUCUCCACUCUUCUCGAAUUCGCGCCCAACAAACGAUUCUCGCCGUCGACCGUCUACAAAAUCGCCCUGCAAACACUGGAUCGAUUGAGAGUGCUUCAUGACGCCGGAUGGUUGAAUCGGGAUGUGAAGGCACAGAACUUUGCGGUCGGACUCGGCGACGAAAGCAACAUUGUGUACAUGCUGGACUUUGGGCUCACGAGAAGAUUUCUGUGAGUUUAGAUGAAAGUUGUCAAAAAGUUGUCAACUGAUAAAAUGCUCAUUGUGCACAUUUUCUCAGUUGACAACACAUCUAGCGGGUUUCAGAAACGACUUUUAUACGCGUAUCCGUGAAAUUGAUAGUUUUUCAGUGAGCGGGACGGGCGCCGGCACCUGCUGCGUCCGCAAGGUCCCUCAGUCGGCACGUUCCCCUACGCGCCGCUCUCCUCGCUCGGAUUCUGUGAUCAGUCGCCGUCGGACGACCUCGAAGGCUGGCUCUACAUGGUCGUUCAUCUGCUGAAGGGCGGACUUCCGUGGCACAAUGAGCACAGGUCGCUGAACUUGGCGAAAGUGAGAGAAUGGAAGAUGUACUGUCGGAGGGACGGCGGCAAACUCCAAUUGUUCGAGGGCCUUUCCGAGGGGUGGAUGGAUGUGUUCGAUCUGAUCGUCAAGACUGCGUAAGAACCAUUUGGACCGAGUCACAAACCAAAUGUUGACUUUAGAAGCCACGAGAGACCAAACUACCACAAACUCGCGCAUACGGUGCUGUCAAUCGCCAGAGAAGAGCAGGUGGACCUGACGGAACCGUUCGACUGGCAGGUCUCUCCGAUGCUCCGCUCCCUUGUCGGACUCGGACCCUUGAGCUGUGAUGAAGUGACGUGCGCACCCGCAACUCCGCGACGUCAAUUUGAACGCAUUGUGCUCUCACCAUACUAA